AUGGCCCACCGUAUUGUCGGCCAGGUCCUCGUCACCGGCGCUCGAGUCUUCGGGCGAGCCUUCGCAGAAGCGUACAAACAAGCCCAAGCCUCCUCCAAAUAUGCCGCUCAAGCUUCCAAAGGGAACAUGGGUGCCGCAAAUACCUUUGCUUCCGGCGGUUUGUCUCUCGAUGAGGCCUGCAGGAUCCUCAACACCAAGCCCCCGCAAGCCGGCAAAGCGGAUCUCGAACAAGUCAUGGAACGAUUCAAGAAGCUGUUUGAUAUGAACAACCCGGAGAAAGGUGGCAGUUUCUACCUCCAGAGCAAAAUUCUCCGCGCACGCGAGCGGAUAGAGAUGGAGGUCCGACAGGCAGAACGACAGGCGGCACAUGAGAAGGAACUGAAAGAAGGGUGGAAGCCCAAGGUGUACAAGGACCGGUGA